AUGGAGCCGAAUACUCUACUUGUACAUGUGGAAGGUGCACGCGGCCUGUAUCUGAAGAAUCAUGUCACGUUGGAUGCGUACGCGACUGUUGUUCUUCACGGGAAAGGCUCCAUGCGUAGUCGUGCCAUUACAGAAGUGGUGAACACGGAUGGUGAUUGUCGAUGGGAUGAACAUUGUGAAUUCAAAGUGACGGACAAGUCUACGCAUAUAACGGUGACCGUCCAGAGCAAAACGAAAUUUGGCGGAGCAGAGGUAAUCGGUAAAUGUGAAGUUCCGAUUGAUCAAGCAAAAAAAGUAGGUGGACAUAUGUGGUUUGCACUGAAGAAGAAACGGGACGACAGCAAAUACAGAGGCGAAAUCCAGUUGCAAUUCACGUUUACCUAUGAGAAGCCGUCACUGUCUGUUUCAAACACAUCCUUGAACAAGAUAGAAAAAGACGGAAUGUUAGAUAAAAUGAAGAGGAAAAUCAAGAUGGUUGGUGGCAAACACAAGCAGGCUGAGGAUACGAUGUCAGUGACAAGUGGAGUAAGCAGUGCCAGUAUGACAAGCUCGCGCAGCACUCGUUUUAUGAGCCGUCUCAACAGAACGAUCAGCAAAAAACUAUCGUCACUUCAAGACGGGCAUACGAUAUUCUCACAAAACGAUGCAAACUCAUCGUUGGAAUCGAAUGGGCAUUUGGCUCCUCCAGUCCCGAACGGCAACGCUGUUGUCUACCGUGAGGGAAAGCAGAGCAACGUCUCACGUCCGUCGUCCACAAUAAGCGGUAUCGAUUUCAACGAAGAUCCAUCCUAUACGCAAUCAAAUCGGCUGUCAACCCCGAUCUCCAAUGGGGGCCAGUUCACCCAGAACGUUGGCGGCUCGCCUACGGCGUCGACAGCUGAAUCAUUUCAUCGAGCAAACAGCAUUAGAAGUGUAGCGUCUUCUGGUUUUGGAGGAUCAAACAAACCAGCGAAACAAAGAAACGACGAUUUGGCGUAUUCACAGCAAGAUUUGCUGGCCCUUGUGGACAGUUUACGUCUUGAGCUACGUGUCAAAGAUUCACGUUUGCGUGAUAUGGAAGAGUACAUGGAUAAUCUGAUUUCACGAGUAAUGGAGCGAAAUCCAGAACUUCUGGCUGCGCCCUUGGCUCCGGACAAGCCAAAACGUCGUUAUUUCUAA